GCCCCGCGCAAGAUGGCGGCCCUAGCCGGCCGGCGGUGGUCGCCGCUGUUGUGGUCCACGGGACGAAAGGGGACCCAGUCCCGCUCCACCGCUGGUGGCGGCGGCUCCUGGACUGGGAAAGACCAGGCAAGCGGCGCAUCCUCCCGGUACUCGCGCACAGCGCUGUACGACUUGCUGGAUGUCCCGGUCACGGCCACGCAGGCGCAGAUCAAGGCAGCCUACUACCGGCAGAGCUUCCUCUACCACCCGGACCGCAACUCGGGAAGCGCGGAGGCGGCGGAGCGCUUCACACGCAUCAGCCAGGCCUACAUGGUGCUGAGCAGCACCACCCUGCGCCGCCAGUACGACCGCGGCCUGCUGGGCGCCGAGCACGCGCGCGCGCCCCCGCCCCCCAGGCCCACGCACGCGCACGCUGCCUCAGGCCCCCAGCGUGCGCGCCCCGCGCCGGGCGGCAAACACAUGUUCGACUUCGACGCCUUCUACCGCGCGCACUAUGGCGAGCAGCUGGAGCGCGAGCAGCGUCUACGGGCCCGGCGCGAAGCCUUGCGCAAGGACCGCGAGAAGCGCGCCCGCGCUGGCCCUCCCUGGGACGACAGCCUGAUUCUGGGCCUGCUGGUCUUACUGGGCUUCCUGGGCUUGGCGCACAUCAAGUAAGCCGGCCUUGUCUGGGACCGUGAAACGCCCCAGCGCAGGGGACCCCAGAGGACCCUAGCCCCUGCCCGGGGAGAAGGGACCCUUGGUUCCUGGCGGAUAGUGGGGAGGCUGGCGUGCCCUCGGGGGUCGGCCCCCGAGGGCUUCCCCUGGGCUGGGGGCCAUAAAAGCCGGGUCCUGGUUCAUCAUGCUCUGCCCUCCAGGAUCGUCUGCCUGCCUGGUCCUGGUUCGGGGACCUUCCCGUCACCUUGGCAAAGUGUAACCCCAAGUGAAAUGCCAAAUGAACCGCAUCUGAAUGAA